AUGUUGUAGCUGAAUCGCAACCGUAUUUUCCAAUCUGGUUGAAACGGCGACAACAGGGUCUGAACCGAAGGGUAAACACUUCGAGUUCGACCCAGAAAAAGACCCAAAAAAGAAAAAAAGAAUAAUUCAAAGGGGCUAAAAAAAAAAAGAAGAAGAAAUUAAAGCAGCAUUUUAUAUGCUAUAAUAAUUAUAUUACUUAUAUUCAAGAUGGAGAAAAUGAAUUCCAAUACAUUUUUCCUACUUCUAUGUAUAUUGUAUGUUACUGUACCUAGCCUUAUCACCGCCCACCGGGCCACCAACCAAGACGAUGUUUACUGGCGGAGACGAGCCCAGGAAGCUUGGAUCAACACUCAAAAAUCUUACAACCCCAAUCCAGAAAAGGUUAUCCACGCCGUCAAUAAGCAAGCAUCCGCGCUUACGAAGAGUUUCUGGAACACCACCACGAGAAGAGAGCUGAGAGGCAAACUGAACGGAGGCAAAGGUGAAUGUAAGGCAACCAACCCGAUCGACGCAUGCUGGAGAUGCGACCCCAACUGGGCCGACAACCGACAGAAACUGGCCGACUGCGUGGUCGGGUUCGGGGCCAAAGCAACCGGGGGCAAAGGCGGGCGAAUCUACGUGGUGUCCGACCCUUCCGACGACAACGUGGUGGAUCCGAAACCCGGAACACUCCGCCACGCGGUGAUCCAGAAGGAGCCCCUAUGGAUCAUAUUCGACAAGAACAUGCUGAUCUCGCUCCAGCAAGAGCUGAUCAUGCAAGGCGACAAGACCAUCGACGCCCGCGGGCACACCGUCCACGUGGCGUUUGGGGCCGGGAUCACGAUCCAGUUCGUGAAGAACGUGAUCAUCCACGGGCUCCGGGUCCACGACAUCCACCAGGGAUCCGGAGGCGUGGUCCGGGAUGCCGAGGAUCAUUUCGGGCUCCGGACCAUGAGCGACGGGGACGGGAUCUCGAUCUUCGGGUCCAGUGACGUCUGGAUCGACCACGUGUCCAUGUGGAACUGCAAAGACGGGUUGAUCGACGCCGUCGAGGGGUCCACCGGAAUCACCAUUUCAAACGGCCACUUCACGGAUCAUAACGAAGUUAUGCUCUUCGGGGCGAGUGACAGCCAGUCCAAGGAUGCACUGAUGCAGAUUACGGUGGCGUUUAAUCAUUUCGGGAAGAGAUUAGUUCAAAGGAUGCCGAGAUGCAGAUGGGGAUAUAUUCAUGUUGUUAACAAUGAUUACACUCAUUGGGAAAUGUAUGCCAUUGGAGGUAGUCAACAUCCCACCAUCAUCAGUCAAGGAAAUCGCUUCAUUGCCCCUGAUGAUAACUUCAAGAAGGAGAUUACAAAGAGGGAUUAUGCUGACGAAUCAACAUGGAAGAAUUGGACAUGGAGGUCAGAAGGAGACUUAUUCAUGAACGGCGCAUUCUUCGUGCCAUCGGGGGAUCCGGAUUUUAUGAGCAAGCAUCAUGAGCUUUACGACGGCAUAGCUCCGGCAGAUGCUUCUCAGGUGACUUGGAUGACGAGGUUUGCCGGUGCACUUAACUGCAGGGAAGGAAGGAAAUGUUGAUCGGAGAUCGAUUUUUUUCCUUUCACUUUUUUGUUUUUUUUUUUACAAGUUUUAAAGAUCAUCGAUUCCCUUUUUUUUAGAUGUGAAUAUUAAUGUAUACAACAGAAAAACUUUACAAAUUAAGGGCCUUUCUUUUCAUUCAGGUUUUACUUUAUGUUAAUUGGUAAAGUACAUAACAAAAUUAAAUAAACAUAAAAAAAUCCCUUGUUUGUUGAAUGAACAGGGUACAACAUGAACAAGGAAAGCUCAAGUCUGUUAACGGGAUCGUCAAAUGAACAGGGAUUUAGCAUAUAUAGUACGUCUUGAAUUCUGCUCUCGAAAACGAUACUGAUCAUACUUUUCUGGUAGAGGGUAAAGUUGGUUACUAAACACAGAAAAAGAGACAUGUUUUAGGGAUAUCCAAAUAUCUUAAAUUGAAACAUUCCAUGAAUCUUAUUAGUGCAUACUCAGGA